ACUGUUAUAUAUCGUGUUUAUGUCUCAUUAUGAAUUUAUUAUAUUACAACUUUUUAGAAAAAAUUCUAUCUUGCAAUUUUUUUCAUCGCACCGUUCAAACAUUCGAUCUACUUGAAUUGUUUCGUUAUUGAAUAUUUUAGUUUACGUUUAUAUCGGACGUAGUGACGUUAUUUGUAUAUUUGUUAAUUUACUUGUUUAAUAAUUUUAUUAUUCUAUAUGAAAGAUAAAAGUAAAGAAUCUGCCCCAGGUGAUGGCAUACGCUCGUUACGAAGCACGAUGUUAUUUCGUGCUAUUAAUUACGAGUUGUAUGUCAAGCCGAAUAAGGGCAUAAUGCUUUUUGGGGUUAUGGCAAUGCUUACUUGUUCAGGGUAUUUACUAUACAUGCGAUAUAAACACGAUGGUACUGCUUAUUAUGAGUCUGUGGAAGCAGAUGGAAAUGUCACUUUUAAAAAGAAAACUUCUAGAUGGUUAGAUUAAAUAUAUCAAGGUGUUCACAGAAGAUUCGUAUAUAUUCGAUGAGUACAUCGUUAUUAUAAGAUUUUAAAAAACAAUGUUUGGAAAAUCUGAAUAUAAUUAUACAUUUUCAUCAUAUUUAAAAAAAUCUAAGUUAUGUUCCUUGAUGGUCGUGUUUUAAUUACAAGAAAAAAAAUUCACAAGUACGAGUAAAUAUAGGAGGAAAAGUAAUUUAUUGUCGCUUUGAACCUUUAGAUAUAAUAUCGCUAUUUACAUAAUACUUGUUCAAUAUUAUUUGCAUAUAUCCUGUAAAAAUGUUACAGUUUGUAAUUAUAUUUAAGUAAGAAUACAUAUAAAGAAAAAAGAAUAUUCUUUAUUUAUUAUAAAAUAUUAUGCGCAUAAGUUGUUUCAAAUCUACAUGAUUAUUUAAUUAACAUCAAGACGGUGGAAGACAUUGAAUAAUGUGUCUUUUGUGGACAACCUAUGUUACAUCACUUUAUAGUUUCUAUUGACUAUUACAUUACAUAUCAAGUAUAAAUCUUUGAUCAACAGGCAAUACGUUUAAUUGUGAUUUGUAAGUUUAUGAAUCAUAAGAGGAUAUGUAUAAUUUUGUGUAUAUGUUUUUAUAAGUUCAGAUAUUAUCUUCUUCAAAUAUACUACAGUUACAAUAUUGGAUAACAGAUUGCAUGUGUUCUCUCCAGUUUGUAUCAUAUUCAUUGUACAUAAAUGCUUAGAUAAUUGUAAAUGCUUGCGAUAUUUAAUAAUAUUUUAUGCUUAUGCAACUAUUUUGGUAUGUUUUUUUUGUGAUAAAUUGAUUUUUAAAAUAUACGUGUUAUCUUGUCAUAUUGUUUAUACAAAUAUGUAAAAAAGUAUUUUCUCUUAGAAGAAGAUUCGUUCGCCUAUCUCUUUGGCAGUUUUUAUAUUAUAUCUGGAAGGAAAUUCUUAAUAAUGUAUUUUCUCUUUUAAAGUUAAAAUACUCUAAGUAUAUAAAUGUUAACAGUGGUACUAAAAAUAUAUGUAAAUUAUUCGUUAUAUGUGUAUAACAAUCAUAUAUCUUUUGUUCGCAAAUAUGACAUUAACAAUUUAUUUAUAGUCUAUUAACAUGGAUUUUUGAUCCAUUUUAGUAGAACUUUUAGUGAAUAUAUAUAUAUAUAAGUGGAAUCUCUGCUUUGAAAUAUCUAAAAAGAAAAAUAGGGAAAACAUUUAUCCAUGCUUAUAUGACAAGAUUUGUUACUUUCUUAAAUUGUUUCAAUCUUAGAACACAUGUAAUGCACAAUUCAGUAUAAGGAAAAGGACUUUGGCACGAUCAACAAUAAGUUUUCAUGUACCAUUAUGCGUAAAAAAAAAAACUAAUCCGACAAAAAAAAUUACUUCUUUAAAAUGUCGAAUUUUGUAUUAAAGUGAUGCUAUGAUAACAAAAACUUGGACAUAAUUUGUAUGAAAGUUCAAUAUUUAAUUAUGCAUUAACUUUGUACUGUUCUUUUGUUGGACCACCAUCGUAAUGUCUGCUAUGUAAUUAUUAAAUUUCAUUAAAUAUAGACCUUAUGUUCAUACAUCAACCUUUGUUUUUUUGCCACACAGAGCAAUUUUUUUUUCCUAAUUACAUUAUCCGUUUUCACGUUAUAUUACAAAGACUAUUUUUUUUAUUUAUAGGUAUAUUAAAGCUAUCUGUAUCAUUUAUACUAUGUAGAAAUACUUUUUACGUUUACAUCAAUCGGCGUACACUUUGUUAUCAACAAUAACUUUUGUACUUUUCAACAUAAAAUAAUAAUGUAUGUAAAUCUUAUGUUUUAAAGUGAGAUGUGAACAUAAGAUCUUAUUUCUAAAAUUCUGAAACUGAACAGUAACACAAGAUAAUGCAAAGAUUUCACUGAAGUUACUAUUAUCAAAAAAAAAUUUAGCUUGACUUCAUAGAAUACCAAAUAUUAUAAUAUUUCAACAUCAUUACCAAUAUGAAUAGCUUAUAUGAUAUUGUAUUUAUGAUAUUUGUAUUUAUUAUACUAUGAUGUCAAGUCUGAAAAUACGCAUCAACAAGCGCAAUUUCUUUUUGUCUGAGGAAAUAACGUUACUGCUUCAUGAAUAGCUUUUGCUACAUAAUCCAGAUUAUACUCUGUCAGUCCACAAAUAUUUAUACGUCCACUGCGUAGUAGAUAAAUAUGAAACUGAUCCAAUAAAUGCUUCACUUGUCUCUCUGUAGAUUUAGAUUAAAUAUAUUUUAGAAAUUUUCUUUUCUUAAA